AAUGUAGCAUCGAAAUCAAUAUCCUGAAAAUUCAUGUCCGCUUCUGCGCCUGCGCGGCUCGGACAGGAAGUUCCCGCAGCCUUUCGACCAGCUGAUAGAUCAACAACCGAAGAGCCGGAUCGCCGAUAGACAGCGGCCUACGGUUCAGCCCAGGACAGCGCGGAGGCCCGGACAGAAGUGACCAGAGUAGGAGAUCCACAGACUUCGUCCAGUGUUUGGGUCGCUGUGGUCAGAGACGCCGCCUCGGAGGACCCCAACCCCACGCCCCCCCACUACCCUUCCUUCAAUAUGAGCUCCCGUGCGAGUGGCAGGGCCAAUGGGAGCCUGCCUCAGACCAAAAUCUGCCAGUUCAAGCUGGUGCUGCUGGGUGACAUGGCGGUGGGCAAGUCCAGCCUGGUCCUGCGCUUCGUCAAGGGCCAGUUCGACGAGUUUCAGGAGACCACCAUCGGAGCUGCCUUCUUGGCUCAGUCUGUUUGCCUGGACGACACCACGGUGAAGUUUGAGAUUUGGGACACGGCCGGGCAGGAACGUUACCACAGCCUCGCGCCGAUGUACUACCGUGGAGCGCAGGCGGCCAUCGUAGUGUUCGACAUAACGAAGCCGGAGACGUUUGAGCGAGCGAAAGCCUGGGUGAAGGAGCUGCAGAGGCAGGCGAGUCCCAACAUCGUCAUUGCUCUGGCGGGGAACAAGGCUGACCUUGCUGACAAGAGACUGGUGGAGUACGAGGAGGCUCAGACGUAUGCUGAAGACACAGGCCUGCUGUUCAUGGAGACCUCUGCCAAGACCGCCAUGAACGUCAACGAGUUAUUCCUGGCCAUUGCGAAGAAGAUGCCAAAAACAGACACCCAGAACCCCACGCACGCCGCCCGACACCGGGGGGUCAACCUGCAGGACCCCGACGCCCAGUCCGCCCGAAGCUGCUGUGGGAACUAACCGCCCGUCUACACCCCGUCAUCUACAUCGACAACAAGGGAGUCCCCCAACGCCCUGUCCUCCCCAACCCCAUGCCCACCCCCACCCUCCACCCUUUCACCUCCAAAGACUGGCAUGGAGAGAAGAGAGCGAAAGAGAGAGAGAGCGAGAGAGCAGGAAGGAAAAGUGUUGGGAUCCCUCACUGAUGCCAGAAAGAGAGGUCAGAUGCGAAGUGAAGGAUCGUUUGUACUGUAUGUAAUGUUUAGCACUUAAUCGUGGACGUCUGUUUUUGUUUGUUUGUUUCUUUUGUUUUGGUCAAAUCUUUGUCAACAUUCAUUCUCGAUUAUGCAAGCAGUGUAGUGUCAACUUCGGGGCGGCAGAGCAAUGAGGAGAACAAGAGAGACUGAGGAGGUGCUCGAGAAGGAAGGCGAGAUCGAAGAACAAGGAGGCGAGCUAUUCUUUCCCCACCCAGUCUUCCCUUUUUUCGCCCCGGGGAGGUCCCUCUGACGUCCCUCUGACGUCCCUCUGACGUCCAGAAGAUGGUCACAAGCCUAGAAACCGUAUUCUAACUCUCACUCUGGCUCUUUAGCACUGAGAUGAAUCCAACGUCCCAACCCGGCCUGUCAAUCAUACAAUAGGAAAGCUCCUGAUCUAUGGAAUAACCUUUAGAUCCUGCCUGGCCCAACCGUCAGGACCCCCACCUGGGCACUGUUCUCCUGCACGCAGGUCAUACGGCUUUCAUUUCCUGUACAUCCGCCAAGGCUUGACCGACAAGAAACGUCUUCCUGGCCCCUUCCUUCUACUGGAAUGCUCUCCAGCCAACCGUGCCCACAUAUGUCUAAUAGUCGCUGUUGGGAGGGAAAAAAUAAACGCUGUUCUGCGAUGGUUCUUCUUCGUUGUGGUCGACUCAUGGAAAACUAGAAACAAUCAACCAACCCAUCCGUUAUGUAGUAGAGCUAAUUAACGUAAAGAAAUGCUUCUUAACCGUUUUACUUACUGUGUGAGAUGAUGCAGAGUCAUGCUCCUUGGCUUCUCUGAAUGCAGAGGUUGCACAGAAGCAGCGUCUAAAAAAAAAUUAAAAAGCACCCACAAUCAUUCGCUUUUUAUGCCGAUUGGUAAACGUGGCGAGGGAAGUUUUCGCCCGCCUUAAAAGUCGCAAAGUCCCAGAAAGGUUGGAAAAAAACAGAAGUGCCUACUCUCCGUUUUUUCCGUGUUCUUUGUUUUGGGCUCACUUGGGGCGCGUUCCGGGUUUUGCGGAUUGCCUCUACGUUCCCAAUCCAGUCUGUUAGGGCCUCGAGCCAGUCCAUGCUUUCGUUCCAGCCGAGUACCUGAACCAGGUAGUCAACCAUUGUGUGUUUUACAUGUUCUGGAAUAGAAGAAAACUGUGGAUUGAUCGGGGAUAAUCCAAUGUAAUCUCCUUCUGCUGAAUCUGUAGCGAAUAAUUUAGUGGGCCUCAUUCGUCAAUAUCUUCGUAAGUCUUUUUUUCGUAAAUUUGUUCUUGAGAAAGGUCUUGAGAGAAAGUCUACGUCAGAUUCGUAAAGCGCACAAUUGUUCGCACCUUUGAGCUCUUGAGUGCGUGUAGAUUCUGUUCUUGCAUAAAAACUAAUCCCAAAUGAGAGAACAUUGUCAGAAUCUACGUAAAAGUGGGUUUUAAGAAGAAAUUUCUUCGUAACAAUGGUCGGUGAAUGAGGCCCAUUGUCCUGCAGCAUCUGCCCAGUGACGUUAGGUACGUUCCGAGUCCAGUUUUCUGUUCUUGUACUGAGUACAGGCUUAAAAUGAUCCUCUGUGGUAACCGACUGCUACAGAUGCAGCAGACAGAGGUCGGAAAACGCUGGAAUAUUCCCGCAACGACUCGACUGGGAUCCUAAAGCAUAGUGUUUCCGAGACCUUGGCCUGAAACGUAUUAAUAACCUGCAACACGUUCUUAUGAGUGGAAGAGAGAAGUCCUUCAUAGUGUCUUGUUUUUCAGGAUGCAGUUUGUUGUCGAUAAUUUUAUGUGUAAAAAAAGAAAUGAAUUCUAUCGUUUUAUUUAAAAUUGGUUUUAGUUAGUAAAUUUAAGGGUUGCCAAUACAAUUUUAUGGUCAUUUAAGGAAUGUUGAUGAUGAUGAUGAUGCAUCGCAUAAAUUGAAGUCAUUUGUCACGUCUCUUUCAAUCCAGUUUAUUUUGUGGGAUAGAUUUGAUCUCCUGUUAACACUUCUGUGAACUGAAAAGUCAAAUAAAGCUGUGCUAUUCUGCUAUGAAUGGAA